GAAGCCACGCCUAUUUGUCCAGUGUGGCCAAUAGCUGUGUGGCAGAACGUCUGGCAGAGAAACUCCUAAUUUAAUGAGUUGAAGGAGAAGCUGGAAUCAGUGAAGGAGCAAAAAUGGAGGGAGUAGUUGUACAGGUUCUGAACCCACUUAGAGUGAGAGCUCUGGAAGAAUGGCUGAAGACUACCUCCAUCACUUUAACCCAGAUCAACGGCCAGAGGAAAUAUGGCGGUCCUCCUCCUGACUGGAGAGGUCCUCAUCCCGGUCCAGGCUGUGAGGUGUUUAUCAGUCAGAUUCCGCGGGAUGUGUACGAGGAUCAGCUGAUCCCGCUGUUCCUGAGCGUGGCACCGCUCUAUGAGUUUCGCCUCAUGAUGAACUUCAGUGGGCAGAACCGCGGCUUCGCGUACGCCAAGUACGGAACCCCUGCGGGCGCGACUGCUGCCAUCCAGACCCUGAACCAUUACCAACUGCAGGAGGGGGUGCGGCUGGUGGUCAGGAAGAGCACGGAGAAGAGGCAGCUGUGGCUGGCCGAUCUGCCCGCCUCCAUGGGCCGAGGGGAGCUGCUGAUGGUCCUCCGGAUGCUCUCAGAUGGGGUUGAGGGAGCCACUAUAAAGGCUGCUGGGCCCAAAGGAAAGGAGGUCUGUGCACUCGUCCACUACUCCUCUCACUACGCUGCUUCCAUGGCCAAGAAGGUGCUGGUGCAAGGAUUUAAGAAGCAGUUGGGCAUCUGCAUCUCCGUGCGAUGGAUGACCAGUGGCUCCAAGUCCAGGCAGGAGGAGCAUCUUGACCAGAACCCCCUGAACCCUCCUGGUCUGAAACCUCCAGUUAAGCCUUCUCCACUGCCUCCCCGCUUCCAGAUCAACCGCCCCACCCAGCUCUCCAAUUAUCUAGACCCUCUUCCUCCUCCUUCUCUUCGUCCUCCUCCGCCUCCCUCUCUUUCUCCUUUGAAUGCUCUGCUUUCUCCACCUCCUCAAUAUAAACAGCAGUUCCCACAGGCUGUUGGGAGUCCGGGCCCCCAGGUGAGAAAUGGAAUGGCACCUGUGACUGCAGUGAGGCCCCCUUUGUCAUCCCAUGAUGCAGUGAGCCAACUAAAGUGGCAUUGUGAGCUGUAUGGAAUUGGUGUGCCGCUGUAUGACGUGCGCUACCACCACACAGGCCCUGAUGGCUUCCUCCACUUCAACUACAGGGUCAUUAUCCCCCAGCUGCCCAUCCCGCUGUGUGGGUCUGUUCAGGUUCUGCCCGGCCCCAGCAUCUCCAGCAUGGAGGAAGAGGUCCAGCGGGCCACUGCUGAGCAGGUCAUCAAAACCAUGUGUCAGCAGUCCUAAAGGUCGCGGCCCGCGUUUAAUGCAUUACCAGUUUUGUGUUCAGUAUUAAUCUCAGAAAGCAUGUAGUGUUUGAAUCAGAGAUGGCUGAGAUGGUUCAGUUCUUACUCAAUUACCUGAUGUUUUGUUUUAUCUUUUGAUAUGAUGUUUUAUAAUGUUUUAAUUAGAAAAAAUAUUAUUUGUGUGUUGUAUCUUCGUUUGUACUGUUUGCACUUUUUUUCAUAUCAGCAUGAGACCUGAUUUUCUUUGUGUUUUUGUUUGCAUGUUUGAUUUCACACUUUUGAAUUGACUGGUUUGGUUGUGGUUUGUUUUGUGUCGUGUUUAAAAAAAAAAAGAGUAUUUUUGGAUUUUUUUUUUGUGCUUUAUUUUGUCAGUAUUUACACUAAUAUAAAAAAGGUUCAUGACUGGG